GGAGAGCACGACUCUCCGAGCAGGGAGGGAAACUCUGCAGCAGCAGCAGCAGCAGCAGUCCCUCAUUAAAAUUCCCAGUCCGUACUCUCACCACGAAAACCUCCUUUAGUGGGUGGCACCGGCGUCCUGCCUGCGCGCCUCUUUAAUUGCGCACCACGCAUUAACGAGCGAUCAUCGGCUGUGAGCGCGCAGGAUCACGCUGCCUCGAGGCGGGGAGACUUCGCUUCAUGUCCCGGUGUUGAAACGGGGGAAAGGUGGGCGCAGAGUCCCAGAGGUCCAGCAAAGGGUGGCGCCCUUCGCAUCGCAUCCAGCGGCUGGACAAGCUGUGCGGCGACCCACGGCGACACGGUCCGCCUCCGCGUCUCGGUGCGGCUCAUGAUCGCGGCGUUUCUCGGUGGGGACUGGCAACAUGUGCGCCCGGAUGGUGUGAAGUGUGACACAGCGGCUUUGGGGGUUUCAUUGCUCUCGGAUACGCCAAGUACCCGACGUUACGGCGCACCUUGUGUAUAAUAGAGAACCAUGAGCACUGUGGAGGAGGAACCGGAUCACAUGAUACCAUGAAGACAAGCCUGCAGGUCCUGCGCUGCCAGCUGCUGAGUGUUCUAGCAUUCCUAGCACUGCCAGUAGGACUGGUGUCAUCAGCACAGGAGCUGUACCUCAGCCAGACAUCCCAGGACUCUGUCUCCAUGGCAGCCGCCCACAUUAGCCCCCUCUCUGCCCCCAAACCUCCCCCCAUGGACUGGCAUCAGGAAGGCUCCAGCAGCGGGGAAUGGUCAUCCAAAGGAGGCACUCAGCCCUCAAACAUCAUCCUCCCAACCGUCGCCCUCCACCCUUUGGCCUUGCUCCAAUUGACCCAAACUUCCAGCCUGGCUCAUGACGACACUCCCGUUCAUGGAGUGACCCCAAACACUGUGAGCACUCAGCCGAAGGAGCCGAGCUCUGGUAAUGUAAACCGAGGCCACAUGCACAAAUUGGUAAGGGUACCUCAAGUCCAUAACCCAGUUACUGUCAGCACUAACCAGGCCAGCCGCAGCAAAGCUCCCAGCACAGCGGCCCCAAAUAUAGAUGUGGAAUCUACUGCCAGGGGAGCUCUGAACCCCCCGGCUCCUCAGUCCAGCUCUGGAUCAGACAGAGGAGACGCGCUCGCUGCACACCACAUAGAGCCUCAGAAGUUGCGAGUAAAGGAACCCACAGACCCGGCGCAGAGGCAUGUUCCAGAUCUGAAGCGCCCGCCCCUUUCUUCUUCUGCUGACGCUGCACCAGGCCUGAAACUCAGGGAGCAUGCACGGGGCGCCCCAGAGCUGACCGCACACCACACCAUCACCCUGAGGGAGGUGCACGCAGGGGGCGAGGCCCCCACUGAUGAACUGUCGCUGGAGCCGACGGCGGGGGCAGUUACUCCGGUCCAGAGCCCACCUGGGAUUUUAACUUCCACCGCAUCCACUCCAGCGCUGUCCACCGAGCUCAAGACACUGAAUCCAACAAUCAUCCCAGACACCCAACCCGCACCCAACGAGACCACCACUGAGGAGAGGCGUGCGCAGGUGGUUCAAGGUAACGGCACAGACUUUACCCCAGUGGCACAUUCGUUGGGGAAUGUGACUGCACACGAAGGGCUGCUCUCUAACAGCAGCUCGGCCGAGGACGCGCCCGCUCAGGGGAACUUCUCGGAGCCCCUCUCCACAGCCCCCGGGAACUUCCUGAUCAGACAGGUGCCUGCCACAACCCAGGACCCCUGGACGCCCGGCAACAGCUCAGGCCCCACCGUUGCCCCCCCGCCGCGCCACAUGACCAUCUGCUUGAGCAGGAUGGACUUUGUGUGGAUCGUGCUGGCCAUCAGUGUGCCUGUGUCCUCGUGCUCUGUUCUUUUGACUGUGUGCUGCAUGAGGAGGAAGAAGAAGUCGUCAAGUCAAGAGAACAACCUCAGCUACUGGAACAACGCCAUCACCAUGGACUACUUCAGCAGGCACGCCGUGGAGUUGCCCAGAGAGAUACACACUCUGGAGAGUGAGGAUCACGACACCUGUCUACCCCCUAAUGGAGACUACAGCGGCAGCAGCGUGGUCCUGGUUAACCCUUUCUGCCAGGAGACCCUCUUCAUCAACAGGGACAAAGCUUCUGCCAUCUAGAGACAGAAAAAAAGAGACACUGUCGGAUUCUCCUCUUCUACUCCCCCUGCUGUUGUUGUCUAUUUUAUAAAUGUGGUAAAUAUUCAGAGACUUUAUACUGUAUAUGACAAACACAAGCUGAGAGAAGAGAUGACGUAAACAGACACUAUUUACUAUGAGGAUGCACCUGCAUAUUUUUCUGAUGUACAUUUUCUACAAAAAGGCUUAAUUGUGAUAAAAGGUUUUUAUUGUCUUUAUAAAA